UUGUUGUGUGUAUAAAUAUCCUCACAUAUCAUUAGUUCUUCAUCUGCUCAUAACACUUAAGCCACCCGAUUUUCCAUUUACUUCCUCAGCUGUAAACAUGUGGAAAAUGAAUCAAUACCUGCCCUUAUUCCUUAUUGCCUCUUGUUUGUUCUUCAUUUCACAUUCUCAAACUAUUUCUAAUACUUCCUCUCAACAUCGUUGCCUCCCAGAACAGAGCUCUGCUUUGCUGCAACUGAGGAAAGAAUUUGUUGAGGAGAGAACCUAUCCUGAUGAUUACUAUGGUGUUUCAUAUCCAAAGAUGAAGUCUUGGAAGGCAGAUACUGAUUGUUGUUCCAGCUGGGAUGGGGUCACAUGUGAUGCACACAAUGGCCACGUCAUUGGCUUAGACCUCAGCAACAGCUGGCUUUGUGGGCCUCUCAACUCUAACUGCAGCCUCUUCAGGUUGCGUCAUCUUCAAAAACUCGACCUUGCCCUCAACGACUUCUCUUCCUCCACCCCAAUCCCAUCUGAGUUUGGGCAGCUUGUGAGGUUGACCCAUCUUAAUCUCUCUCAUUCCUUCUUACAUGGCCGAAUCCCAUCAGAAAUUUCAUGGCUCUCCAAUUUGGUUUCACUUGAUCUCUCUUCCAAUUAUUUUGAGUACUCUGUUGGUGCUGAUUUUUAUGUAACAUAUUUGAAUCUCAGAAGAAAUGACCUUGAAGCACUUGUCCAGAACAUGACAUAUUUGAGAGAACUUCAUCUAGACGAUGUGAACAUCUCAUCGUCACUGCCUCAAUCCCUAGCAAAUUUGUCUUCCUUGACUUCUCUUUCUCUACCUUACUGCAAUUUGCUUGGCGAAUUUCCCUCAGAUAUUUUCCUACUGCCCAAGAUACAAGCCAUUGAUGUGUCAGGUAACUACAAUCUCACUGGUUUUCUUCCCAAUUUUCGAUCUGGUAGUUCCCUAAAGAAAUUGCGUCUUUCCUCCAUGAAUUUUUCUGGGGAAUUGCUCGAUGCUAUCGGGAACCUUAAGUCCUUGAACUUUUUGGAUCUUUCUCAAUCCUAUUUUUCCAGGGAAUUACCCAAUUCAAUUGGCAACCUUGAAUACUUGAGCCAUUUGGAUCUUUCUAGAACAAAUUUUCUUGGGGAAUUGCCCAAAUCAAUCGGCAACCUUAAAUCCUUGAGUUACUUGGAUCUUAAUAGGGCAAAUUUUUCUGGGGAAUUGCCAAAUUCAAUUGGCAACCUUAAAUCCUUGAGUUAUUUGGAUCUUUUUGGGGCAAAUUUUUCUGGGGAAUUACCCAGUUCAAUUGGAAAGCUUGAGUCCUUGAAUGCUUUAUAUCUUAGCGGAACAAUUUUUUCUGGGAAAUUGCCCGAUUCAAUCGGUAAUCUCAGCUCCUUGAAUUAUUUGGAACUUGGUUCAAGUAAAUUUUCAGGGGAAAUUCCCCCUUCUAUUGGGAACCUAUCACAGCUUACUUAUCUUUCUCUCGAUGGGAGCAAUUUUCAUGGUCAGCUUCCAUCCACAUUAGGAAAUCUUGCAAAACUCACUUUUCUAGAUCUUAGCUAUAGCCUUUUCUCUGGGAAAGUACCAUCUUCACUGGGAAAUCUUACACAACUAGAAAAAUUACUCCUUUCAUAUAACAAUUUUGAAGGUAGGUUCCCAGUUUCACUAACAAAUAUUACCAAACUCACUCAGAUAGAUAUAUCAGGAAACCAAUUGAAAGGGUCAAUUCCAUCAGAAAUAAGUAGACUUACUAAUUUGUCUUUCCUUGGCUUGUCACAAAACUCACUCACAGGGGCUAUCCCCUUGGUUUUGUAUACAAUGCCUUCAUUAUCUAGACUAUAUCUAGAUCAAAAUCAACUUACUGGCCCUCUCCAAUUUCAAAACAUCUCUUCAUCACAAUUAAAUACCCUAUUGUUGAGUGGAAACAAAUUGGAUGGACCGGUUCCAAGGUCAAUUGCCAAUUUCACUAAGCUACAAGUGCUAUAUCUUUCUUCAAUCAACCUAAAGGACAAGGUGGAGUUAAACAUAUUCUUCCAGGUUAAAAAGCUUCAAUCUCUUGAUCUUUCAGGUAACAAUUUGUUGGUUUCAAAAGAAAAUAUCAAUUCAACCCACCACAAAUUUUUAGAUUUGUAUUUGUCUUCUUGCAAUUUGCGUGAAUUCCCUGAUUUCCUAAAAGCCCAAAAUAAAUUGCAAAAUUUAGACCUUUCCAACAACAGCAUUGAAGGUAAAAUACCUAAAUGGUUUUGUAAUGUUGGAAAAGGGACACUACAAAACCUGAAUCUUUCUUUUAACCUUCUCAGCGGUUUUGAACAACCGCUAAAAGUUCUUCCUUGGAAAUUUAUUUAUUAUUUAGAUCUACGUUCCAACAUGUUGCAAGGAUCACUACCAAUUCCCCCAUUGUCUACAAGAGUUUAUUUUGCCUCAAAUAAUAAUCUAACGAGGAAAAUCCCUCAAAUGAUUUGUAUGGUGAAUUCCCUUGAAGUCCUUGAUAUUUCUAACAACCAAUUGAUUGGUCAGAUUCCGCAAUGUUUAAGUCACUUUAGCAAUUCUCUUUUAGUAUUGAACAUGAGAAACAAUUGCUUUCAAGGAAACUUGCCUAAAUCAUUCAUGAAAGGAUGCAGUUUGAUGACGCUCGACUUCAGUCACAACCAAAUACAGGGGAAGAUUCCACAAUCAUUAGUACAAUGUCAAAUGCUAGAGGUCUUAAAUCUUGGAAAUAACAACAUUAAUGAUGCAUUCCCCUUCUGGUUGCAGUCUUUGCCAGAGUUACGAAUUCUUGUCUUGCGAGCAAAUGGAUUCCAUGGUCCUAUAUGGACUCCUCAUACCAGGUUUGGCUUUUCCAAGUUGCAUGUCAUUGACCUCUCUCACAACAAUUUCUCCGGUAGGUUACCAUUAGAAUACUUUAAAACUUGGAAUGCAAUGCUAAUGGUCCCUGCCAAAGAUAACUCACAACCUGAAUACAUGGGAAGUCAAAUUGAUUAUUAUAAAGAUUCAAUAACAGUGGUGAAUAAGGGGAUAGAAAUAUUUUUGGUAAAGAUCUUGACCAUCUUCAUGGCUAUUGAUCUCUCCAAUAAUAGGUUUUAUGGAGAAAUUCCGAAUAGUGUGGGAAACUUAAAGGGACUAAUUGUACUCAAUUUAUCGAGCAAUAGCUUCAUGGGCCAUUUCCCUUCAUCGUUAGGGAACCUAACUGAGCUUGAAUCUUUGGAUCUUUCUCAAAACAAGCUCUCAAGUGAAAUCCCUCAACAACUAAUAGGUCUUACAUUUCUUGAAUAUUUAAACUUGUCUUACAAUCAUCUUGUUGGUCCAAUUCCACAAGGUGGACAAUUUUCGACAUUUGAAAUUUCCUCUUUUGAGGGAAACUUUGGAUUGUGUGGCUCUCCAUUGCCAAAUAAAUGUGGAAAUAAUAAUGAGACACAAAGUUAUGAAACAAGGCAUGAAUCAUCAAUAGUAGAAGGAUUUGAUUGGAAAGUGGUUGUGAUAGGAUAUGCUUGCGGAUUGAUAAUUGGACUAGUUAUUGGGUAUUUUGCCACCUCAAGAAGGACAAUUUGGUUUUUGAGAAAUUUUGGAGUGCACUUACAUAGGUGAAGAUGAAGACAAGUAGAGGCAAUUACUCUAGAUUUAUAGUGAUUGUAAUAUUUGUAUCUAUGUGUGUAAUAAUACGGAUCGUCACCAUCAACCACUACCUGGCCCCGCCAAUCCAUGGCCUUGAUAUCUCUUAUAGCACCUUCCAAGAUGGAGGUGGAGAGAGGGGGAGUAGAAUAGAAUUGGCCAAAAAUUGGCGUCAUCCAGUACUAGACACUUUCACACCAAGGAAAUCUGAUCCUAUUGGUCUGCACAUAAACACUAUAUGGACAAGUUGAUUUGCAUGCCUACUGAUUUCUAAGUUAUAUUUUCUCUCUUUUCUGUGCCAAAUGCUUUUGGGAUGGUCGUAGAUAUAUGUUUGAUGCUCAUAAUUAUGUGAUAAUCAUCAAUGAUGUGUGAAUUUACCAUUUGGCAGACCCCAGUUGUGAUGCAUCUUUAAGUUCACCAAUUUGGAUAUUGUAGACAAUUCUAGCUAAUUUGAUAUGGCAAUUUCCUAGUGAAUUUGAGUUUUCCUCACAUUAGGAUGUUUAUUGCAAUAAACAUUAAAGUGUCUGUGAACUUGAGGGGAUGUUCCUUAGGUGGUUUGUUUGACUUUGCAGUUAUAUGACAUAAAUUUUUAAGAUUUUUAUAGCUCAAUGUGACAAUUUUUCCUUUGGGUUUUGCAGAGAUUCUUAACAAGCAGUUUAAAAAUUAUUCCUCCCUCUCACAAACCCAUUCAAAAGUGAAAAUAGUUCAAUCAAUUGUGCCAAUAUGGGAGGAAUAUGAAAGGACUUGAAUGCAUAAGGUGACAAUGCCUCCUAAUCCUGGCAAACUACCUCCACAAGAUGUUCUUAAAACUCUCUCACUAAGUCUUGAAUUUGAGAACAAACUUAUUGAAUUUUAUGGUGAAGCAGAAAACUCUUUACUCUGACUCCAUUUGAGAAAAAAAAUGUAAAGUUAAAGCAGUCAAUGACAUCAUCAAUGAUGAGGGAAAUUCGGUUGGACUUGAACAUGUUACCCCUAACAAUAUAGAUGUAGAACCUUUGAAGAAUGCUAAAGAAAAAGAAAUAAUUGAAUCUUUGUUACCACAAGUUUCAAUAUGUGAAGAAGAUGGUCCAAUACUCAUUGAAGGGAGAAAUACAAGUAUUGAACCAUUGUCUUGAGGUUGAGUAAAUGCGGUCAUCAGCAAUUAUUGAAACGUUAGAUCCAAAGUCUGCAAAUAAGGAAGCCCUUAAUCUUCUACGGUGGCUAGUCACAUCUUAGGCUGCUGAAGAUAUAAAUUAUGAGUCCUUUUUUGCCCGCCAUUGAUAAGGUGCUGGGGAAGGCUAAUAUGGAUUAUGAGAGCAAGUCUCAGGAGUGUCAAGACUUUCUUGAUUCAAUUGCUGACUUGAUUGACUUUGAGGGCUUGAGAAUCUCGUGGGCACAAAUUCCCUUACUGACUUAAUGGAUCUGCAAAAUCAGAAUUGUAUUCGUGGAAAACAAGGGAUUUUGUUUUAUCUGGGCUUGGCAGCUUAGAAUCUGUAGUUGUCAACACUCAUGAAAAAUGUACAGAACUAAUUGGCAUGACCUUUUGCAAGGAACCCCCCAUUGUAGACUAGACAGAUGGGGCAUCCGAAAUUGCUUUAGUUACAAUUAUCAUCUUUAAUUUUAACAAAUCAUCAGGACAAUUUUGGAUGAUAUUCUCCCUUUCUUUGAUGGGGAUUGUCGAGAAGCGAAAGUCAUGGACAUUCAUGCUGAAAUUGGUGGCUCUGAUUCCGAUAUGUCUUGGGCAUUCUUACUCACUGUCAAAAUGAUGGCUCUUACUUGUACCUCUUAACACCAAUAUUAUCAUCUCCUUCUACAAAUAGUGUAUACAGUUGACUAUCUUGUGAUGACAAAGGUUACCUAUAACUAGUAAUUUUUUUUUUUUUAAUUUAUCUGUUAAAGACUUUAAUUAAAUGUAUUCACUUCCUAUUAUUUAUUCUUCAAAAUUUCCAAUGUGUUUCCUAUUAUUUUUUAGGUGCUUCUUAUGGGAACAAUGUAGCAUCAGUGAAGCCAUAACUUUUGAAAUGAAGUAUUAUUUAUGUGAUUUAUAUGAUUUCUAAACUAUAUACUAUGUUUCAUAUGUCCCCUGUAAACUGAGCAACCAACCUCCUAACAUCACUCAAAAUUCCAAAUAUCCAGUUGAUGUUCUAAUUUUCAUCAAAGUAGGAGCAAAUUAUUGUACCACUUCCCACCCCUAGGGCCAAAAAAAAAUAAAGAAGAAGAAGAAGAUACAACCAAAGCUCUCUUCACUCUUUAGCUUUUUCUCCUUCUUAGGUUCAUUAAUUUGCUGUUAAUUCAAUGAUAAUUAUAAAUGGUAAGGCGCUUUCUGAAGUUUUAGUGAGAUUAGGGGUUUGCUUGCUCAUUUCUAAACUUUAGGAAGAUAUUGUAACUUUAGGGUGAAUGUUUGCAAGCUACCCAUGUUAUUUUGUGGGAAGAAUAACAUUUGUAUUUGCAAAUGAGAAACUUCUUAUCUAUUCUAUGACACUUUGCUGGUUCAUCUAGAAGUUUGAUUAGUUCACAAAGUUCUUUGCUUGAUCAUUGCGAGAAGACACAAAGCUCUUUCCCUGAUGAUUCCAACAAUGAUAUGCCUGAAUCUGGUUCUGGAUCUCAUGUAAAGCCUAUUUUGGAGCAUUUGUAUCAUGAAAACCUCAGAAACUCCCAGAAACCUUAAUGCAGAAAGGAGUGCAUUUAGUGAUGGGGUGACAACAAUAAUCCAGGGUGGAGGAGGUAUUGCAAAAUAAAUAUCAUGCCCUGAUUCCUCACAAGACAUGUCUCAGAUUUCAGGACCUCACAAGAAAUCAAAGCCUACUCCACUUAGUCAAAGUGGGUUACAAGACCCUGCAAGCGUUGGUGGCGGACAACAAUUGACAUAGUUAAGUAUAGAGAAUCUAGAGGAGAUCUCAGACCUGAUCCUCCAUUUGAAGCUAUCAAUGUCAACUCUCGGCCUCUUGCUAUUCAAAAUGAUACAGAUUCCAUUUCAGAAGUUUAUAUGCUUUUGCGUAGUAAAACUGAAGCUUUUAAGAGGUGAAAUUGAGAGUGGGGGGUCGACCAUGUGAAUGUCACAUGGCCACUAAAGGCACUUAAGGGUAAUGCCCAUACCCAUGCCCUUACCCUAAAGGAAAAUAAAAGUUUUCCCUAAAUAUUGGUGAAAGUUGGAUGGGUGUUGCAGUGCAUUUCAGAAAAUCAUCUUCAUGUUAAUUGCAAUGGACAGAAAUAUCGGGAAAGAAGAUUUUUUUUUUUUUUUUUAAAUGUUGGAAAGAGAUAAGAAGAUAACUUCUAACACCACAACAAAGUGUGUUUUGUUUGUUGCUUCUCUUUAAUUUGAAGGCUAGGGGCUGGGGUUGCUUUAGUUUGGUAUCUUACCUCUUAUUCUUUUGAUGAAGAUCAAUUUUCCUCAUCUCCUUUCAAUUCCUUUUCUUUGGCUUACUAAAAUUAUUAUCUAUUUGUAAAAGAAGGGGAAAAGUGGGCAAUGCUACUUUCUUAUGUAUCACCCUGCUUGAAUGUUGCUUGUAUGGUACUAUGUGUGUGUACACUUGUGAUUAUUACUAGUUGGUCGCUUUUGGUUUUUGAGUUACAUUUAGGUGGGUGGGCUAUUCUUACACAUUUUUUAAUCUCUUAUAUUCAUAACAUUUUGUAAUAUAAAAUUGGAAUAACCUGUUCAAAUGUUGUGUUGUGAACCUGACUGUGUAUACUGCUAGCUCUUGGAAUGUUAUAGUUGGUUUGGACAACUUUGAGGCCUAUGCUAUAAAUAUUGUUUGAUGCCUUCAUUAUUUUCUCUGUUAUGGAAGAUCACCAUUUCUAAUUGCUUUUCAUAAUCUUCAUUUAUUACAGGACUCUAGAUGGAAUAUCUGGUUGCAGGAUGUUGGUUUUCUCUGAGAAGUACUUGUUGAGUCACUUUAUGAAGAUUGUCUGUUCAUCUGACCUAGAUAUAAUAAUGGGUUGGGAUAUUCAAGGUGGUUCUCUUAGUUUUUUGGCAGAAAAGGCUUCAGUUUCCACUUUUGAGGGAAACUUGGGAUUAUGUGACUCUCCGAUGUCAAAAAAAUGUGGAAAUAUUGAGCCACCAACUUAUAAACAAGGCAAGAAUCAUUAAUAGUAGAAGGAUUUGAUUGGAAAGUGGUUGUAAUAGGAUAUGCUUGUGGAUUGAUAAUUGGACUAGCUAUUGGGUAUUUCGCCACCUAAAGAAGGACAAAUUGGUUUGUGAGAAAUUUGGAGUGCACUUAUGCAGGUGAUGAUGAGGACAAGUAGAGGCACUUAUUCUAGAUUUAUUUACAAAGAUUGUAAUAAUUAUAUUUAUUUGUGUAAUAAUACAAGCCUUAUUGAGUGUAAUGAAAUAAUUAUAGUGAUUGAUACAAA